AUUGAGAUUUUGAAAAAGCAUUUCGAUGAAGUAUAUACAGAUAUACAUACUUAUAUAUAGACCGACUGUCAACAUAACUAGGCCAUUCAAACUUCCAUAUCAUCAAUGCUCUCUGCUAAACCGAUCGAUAAUGCUAAUUCCCUCAUGAUUUCGGCACCAGCAUAAUGGGCUGAACAAUGCGAUCGGCGUGAGCUUAAGUAUAAAUUGGGCUGUUAUAUCAACCAGGAGCACAGUGUGGGAACAAGCACGUUAGAAUGCUUAGUCGCAGUACCCAAAACAAAAAAUAGUAUUAUUUAAGAGCAUUAACUCCGGCUACAACCAAAUAAAAAGGAAAAUAUGCAUUCCUCUUCGCUGCUAACAUUUGGCGUUUUGCUCUUACUAACUACUUUGGCAAACCAUUGCCAGGGCAAUGAAAGUCCAGGAUUCUUUCUGAAGAUCACAAAAAAUGUACCGCGCCUAGGACGACGCUCGGACAGUUAUUUCUUGAAGAAUAUGAAAACAAUACCACGCAUCGGACGUCGUGGGGAUGGGGAACUGGACGUCGCCCUUUUGCCUUCGCUUUCUAAACGUAUGCUUAUGAAUCCAGCCGAAGCAGCUGCAGCCGCGGAACGUGAAUACAGUCUGGUGCAGCCGGUCACUUCGAACACACUAAUCGAGUUGCUGAAUAAGAAUGCAAUCGCCGCGGAUAAUAUAAAGUUCGUACACUGGAAGGAUUUCGAUCGUGCACUACAAAGGGACACGGAAUUGUAUGGCAAGCUGAUUUCGUUGGGUCGUAAGCCCGAUCAACGACUAAAGGCCGAUCUCAACAUUGAUUUGAACAGUGGCUUUACGCCUCUAGUAUCGACAUCCAACAGCAACGAUUAUAUAUAUUACAACAAAGACGUGGACGAGAUGUACGCGCCAAAGUACGGCAGAGAUUUUAUGCGCUACAAUCAACUGGAUUAGGAAUAUGCAAGCGUUCAAGAAGAUUUUGUAACAUUUAUUGUAUUAUUGGGCGUUGAAUAUGGUAAUCUAUUAUGGUGCGGGCAUAUCUA